AGAAACAGACCGGAAGUGUCGAUGUUGUGGUCACUGUGAAGACUGGUGUUUUAAAUAAUUAGUCCACAAGUUGCAAGCAACGCCAUAAGUAUCUACAAAUGGUCUUUUAAUACGAUGGCCAGAUUUCGAGAUCCUCACAUCCCUCUAUCAUCCCUUCACCUCCUGAUUCCUCCUCUGAGGAUGACGUCAGCCUGUAUGUGGCAGGUAGCCCUGGACCGUAAUGUAGACCGGUAUGAUCAGCUGGCUGAAUUCAUCUCACUGGUGACAGAGAUAGUCCCAGGUCUGCUGAGUUACAGGCAGAGGACUCAGCUCAUUCUAGGACUGAGAGCGAGGGUCAUCGUUGAACUUGUAACAAAGGAAGAACCUGUCGACUGUAAUGCUGUCCAGGAACAUCUCAACAUUUUCAAAAAGUAUAAAGCAAGCCAUAAUCACAAUGAGGAUCAAGAUCAAGAAGUGCAGAACUCAAAGUCUGCAUUUGUGAAACAGGUUCAGACACUACUCAAGGACAAAUACGAGAAGGAUAAAUUUGUUAAAGAGGUGUUUCCAGAGCUGUAUGGAGCACGUUUUGAUACAGUGUUGCAGAUCCUGGCGUGGGAGUUCCUGCACAGACUGGAUGAGUUUCUCCCAGUACCAAGUUUCUCAAAGGUAUCCUCUUUCAUCGACCUGUCCUCCUUUGACUCCCAGUUUGAGCAGUUUUUCUGCAACAAAGAUGAUCUAAAGAGGAUUCUGCAGAAUCAAAAGCAGCGAAUAAAGUUAACAAAAAGUGAAUUCUCCUUCAUGUCAGACACUAUCCUGUCCACUCUGGCAUCUAAACAAACAUCAGCAGCAUCAGAGGGUUUCCUGGAAGGUAUAAAAGAUGAAGAAGGUGGAGGACAAAGUGCUGAUGAAGAAACGGAUGACAGUUCAGUUGAGAUUUCAGACUCUCAGUGGCAGGACAGAGGUCUGUCACCGCUUACUGACUCUCCACUCUCUGAAGAAGGUGGGAUGACGGAUGAAAAUGAUGAUGCCAGCAGCGUGGUCUCUCAAGACACCCCUACCUCCCUACAAGUAGUUUACGGGACACAAGUGACACUCUUGGAGGGAAACUCAGAGAUAAACAUUGCAAGAGUCCAGGAAAUGUGUGACCCUGGAAUGUUUAAGGUAAACUUGGCAACCAGUUUAAAGGACAUUGAAGACCUCACAUGUCCUGUGUGCUACAAGACUUUUGGGAAACCAAAAGCUGUGAAACGUCACGUAAAAACUGCACACCCCACGCAUGAGCAGGUGUUCCGCUGUGACAAAUGUGACAAGACUUUCCAGGCAAAGUGGCGUUUGGACCAGCACUAUCAAGCUCACUCCAUCAAGAAGCCUUAUGUUUGUUCCCACUGCGGCAAAGGCCUUUCAUGUCCAAAAGUGCUAGAAACUCACAUGAGACUUCACACCGGAGAACGUCCGUAUGCCUGCAAGUUGUGUGAUAAGAAAUUUGACCAGAAAUACACGCUGACACAGCACAUCAGGAUGCACAGCGGGGAGAAACCGUACCUGUGCAGCGUGUGUGGAAAGACCUUUGCAAUCAAGGGUGGGCUGCGAGUCCAUACACGGCAGCACACAGGUGAAAGACCAUAUCACUGCAAGGAAUGUGGAGAAAGCUUCAGAAUUUUUGGAGCUCUUAAAAGACAUCAAACACUUCACACAAAUGAGCGUCCGUAUACCUGCCCACAGUGUGGAAAGAGUUUCCGCCUCCAGGUUGGGUUUGCGAGACAUAUGAGAAUUCACACUGGAGAAAAACCUUAUCAAUGUGUCGUGUGUGACAAAAGAUUUCACACAUCGGGAAAUCGGAGGAUACACAUGAAAAGUCACAAAUCAACAAAAGACGCUAAAGCCUCUACAGAGUGAUGUCUUCAGUGUGCGCAUUGUUCUUUGCUCUCUGAUAAUAAGCGGGACAUACAAGCUUUGAACAGGUUACGUUUGUGUUUGGUCUGUUUUAUUAAAAAGUAACUAAAGUUA